AAGGGGCGCGGCGCGGGCGCCAUGGCGGCGGCGGCGCGGCCGCUGGCGCUGCUCACCAGCUGCGCCGCGGGCUUCGCGCCCGAGGAGCUCGUCAAACGUAUCACAGGAAAAGAUGACCUUACCGUGGGUGCAAUAACGAGUGGAAGAGUGAAUUUCUACCCCUGGACAAUAGAUAACAAAUACUACUCUGCAGACAUCCACCUCUGUGUGGUCCCAAACACAUUCCACGUGACUGGAGAGAUCGCCGAGGCUGUGCAGGCGUUUGUUGUGUACUUUGACAGCACAACAAAAACUGGACUGGAGGGUGUCUCUGAAUGGCUGCCCCUGACAGAAGAGUGGCUGCCAGAAGUGAUGAUCCUGGUUUGUGACAGAGUAUCUGAGAAUGGUGUAAACAGACAGAAAGCUCAAGAAUGGUGCAUCAAGCAUGGCUUUGAGCUGGUAGAGCUCAGCCCUGAGGAGCUGCCUGAUGAAGAUGACGAUUUCCCCGAGUCCACCGGAGUGAAGCGCAUCGUGCAGGCCCUCAACGCCAACGUCUGGUCCAACGUGCUCAUCAAGGGAGACAGGACCCAGGGCUUUGGUCUGCUCAGCACCUUGGCAGGAGCAACCAGGAGCCGUGGCUGUGAAGAGACCCCGGAGACAGAAUCCAACCCUUCUCCAGGAGACAGGGAAGAAUCAGAUGGUGGAGAGGAUGGAGCUGGCACAAACAGCCUGGAGCCUGACAGUGCUGCAGAUCCCAUGCUGGAUAUGGACAUCCAGGAGCUGGCCAGCCUGACCACGAGGGAUGGGGACCUGGGGAACUUCGAAAGGCUCUUCUCAAAGCUGAAAGAAAUGAAAGACAAAGCUGCCACGCUGCCUCACGAGCAGAGGAAGCUGCACGCAGAGAAGGUGGCCAAAGCCUUCUGGAUGGCGAUUGGAGGAGACAGGGAUGAGAUUGAAGGUCUCUCCUCGGAUGAAGAAAACUGAAUUCCUCUGCAGCUGGAGGUGCCAGAGCAAUCCUGAGGGAAUGAUCCUUCCCUGAAUUAGUGUUCAUUGCCAAAAACCCCUUUUAGCUGUAGCUGCUUCCCUUGGUGACAGCAUUCCCCAUGUUCCACAUUCCACAACAUCUCCUGGCUCCAGAGGCUUUGUCUGAGUGUCCUGCCUCCUCUCCCUGAGGAUGUUGGAAGGUGACACGUGUGUGAUUCAAGGAAACAGGGAUGAGUUUACAUUUUUCAAAUGAACAUUUUUAUGAUUUCCUCUCUGGGGUUUAAAUAAACAAAUGUACUCCAGUUAUCUCUGCACACAGGGCUGGGGCUUGGGAAGUGACUCCUGAAUUCCAAGCUCCAUUUUUCAGCUCUGGGGCUCUUUGAUGGUUUCAUGGAGCUUUUCCCAGUUCAGACUGGCCAGAUUUGGAUGUGCCAUGAGCAGGAGUUGCUGGGCUGUGCCUGUGGGGGAUGUUGUGCCAGGGCUGGGGGCUCCAUGCUGCCAAGUGCCAAAGCCAUUACACGUGGCCCCAGCCCGGGUUCUGUUUGGAUUUUGCCUGUAGGGAUGGGGCAUCUCUGGAAUGCCAGGUGUUGUCCACACUCCCUGGAUUCCCAGUGAAAUGCCAGAUUGCUGCUGCUGCUCCAGGGUGGAAUUCCCUGCCCAGACCUUGUGCAAGGCGUGGCAGAAUGCAGGGAGCUGCUCUGGGGAGCUCUGUCCUCAGUUCUGUGCUCGGUUCCCAGCGCUGGGGUCCCAAACACCCCGGUGCCCCGGACGUGCUCGGUGCGCACACCCCGGUGUGCCUCGGGCACGGGGCUCAGAGGGAUUCCUGGUCCUGUCCCAGUCCCAUCACUGCCACAGCAGCACGGGGCACAGCCUCUGCACGGACAGACAUGGAACUCGGGGCUCAGAGGGAUUCCUGGUCCUGUCCCAGUCCCAUCACUGCCACAGCAGCACGGGGCACAGCCUCUGCACGGACAGACAUGGAACUCGGGGCUCAGAGGGAUUCCUGGUCCUGUCCCAGUCCCAUCACUGCCACAGCAGCACGGGGCACAGCCUCUGCACGGACAGACAUGGAACUCGGGGCUCAGAGGGAUUCCUGGUCCUGUCCCAGUCCCAUCACUGCCACAGCAGCACGGGGCACAGCCUCUGCACGGACAGAGAAGGAAGGUGGAGCCUGGUGAUGCCACCCUGGCUCCUCUGCUGCAGGCUCAGGCACUGGAUCCGUGGGAAGAGAUCCAACAGAUUCCCAUGUGGAAGAAUAUGGCCCCAAGAACUUUCCCAUCUCAAAAUCCACCCUGUUAAGCACCCUCAGUUAGGAAUUCCAAAAUUAACUUUUCCAAUGUCCCCUAAAUUGCCGAGUCCCAGGACACGGGUUUGCCAUCGAUUAUUGGAUGGCUUUCACAGUGCUCCCUGAAUUCCCUUUUUAAUGAUGAAGCAAAGGUGAAUGUAUUUCAUCCAUUUCUUGGAAUGCUGGGAGUCAUUUCCUGCAUCAAAACUGCAGCGUUUGAGGACAAGAACCGCAGCCUCAUGAGCAGUUUGGGAAGUGUUUCUCAGCUGGAGCCUGAGCUGGAGCUCCCCAUGGUGAAGCACCUGGUUUGGGAAGAAUUCUGGAAUGCAGAGACGCCCCAGGGAGCACCUGCCAGGGACACCUUCCCAAGCAGCUGCUGGGCCUUGCUGGGACUGCACUUCUCCCGUUCUCCACGUCUUCUUCCCAGCACAGAGAGUGGCACAGACCUGGAGGUGGCUCAUUCCAAGCAGGGAAUGGUUUCCAUGUUGGCGUCUCGGUAGCUGAAGAUUCUUUCUGCCCUUUCUAAAUCUUUGUUGUGCAAUGGUGAUAAAUGGCCAAAGUGCCAAGGGAAUAGAGUGGAGGCAGCGAAGGAAAAAUGGACUUGGGCACUUUAUAAACCCAUUCUUUAGAGUUGUGAUAGAGAUGUGACUUUUUAAAUUUAAUGAGAUCUUAUCAGUUAAAACCUAGCACUUUGCUGCCUUUCUAUGAGAUAGCAGCAGCUCAUUCCCAUACUCAAAACUCUUUUAAACACGAUUUAUUGUAAAUAUGGGUCUUGUCUGUAGGGGCACAAAUCAUGGAGGCAGGAAGUGUGGCUGGAGAAACUGGGAAAUAAUUUAAUGAUCCUUGGAGGUCGUUGUGUUGUGGUUUAAAAUCAAGAUUUACUUUGUUGGUGGUUAAUUAUUUUUGUGGAUUGUUUGGGGUUUUUCUGAAGAGACCCUUUGGUUUUGGCUAUGGGAUUUCUUUACAAAAUAAGAAGUGUCAGAAAUGAAUAAAAGGGGCAUUAGCGGAAAAGCAAA